AUGAGGAAACGGGAGCGGGAGAACCCGUGCGGGAUCUGCGGGCACUACCACAAGUACGAGGAGGGGGAGGUCUGCGGGGUGUGCGGCCACCGCUGGAAACCGUCGGACGGGGAGGGCGCCCCGGCGAGGCACGAGUCCGCCUUCCCCACAGAGGUGCUGAAGGACUUCCUCUUCCUCGGUAGCUACGACAACGCCUCACGCUCAGAGGUCCUCAGGACGCUCAGUAUCACACACAUCCUUAACACUGUGCCUGAUUGCCACAAUCUAUACAAGAAUUCAUUCACGUAUCACAGUCUUCAACGGGACAGGCCUUUGGAUUUUGAUGAGGCAAACCAGUAUCUAGAGAAAUGUGAAAGAGAUAAAUCACGUGUUCUUGUUCAUUGCAUGACUGGAAAAAACAGGUCUGCUGCUAUCGUUGCAGCCUUCUUGAUGAAGUCUAGAGGAUGGAGACUUGCACAGUCUUUUCAAUGGGUGAAAGACCGAAGACCGCAGGUUCAACUGACAAACGCUUCUCAGAAUGAGCUUUUGGAGUAUGAGUUGAAGCUUUUUGGACCUAGUGCUCAACCCUUGGUUCCCACUGAAUCAUUUGCUUCUCUUGGAUUUGGUUAUCAAAAACCAGCAGGUGACAUCCAAGCGCCUAUGUUCAACCAAAUGACUAUGCCAUCCAUAUUUGAGCGAGUCAACCCAAAUGAUCGCACCACCAAUUUCACUUUUGGAGCUGAGAGGAAAGCGGAAGUUAACCAUCAAGAUAGCAAUAGUGAUGGCGGGGUAAACCCAACUUCAACAGAGAACCUGAUGGACAGCUCUUAA